GUAAGAAAGGAUUUCAUAACUCCUGAAGGCCAAUUUAGGCGUCAGGCUUAAGGCAGAUGACUAGAUCCUGACAUGCUUCUUAUCUUGAUAUAGAAAAAAUGAGUUUAGAGAAACAGAAGCAUAAGUCAGGCGCUAUUGAGUUGCCCAUCUCGAACGAUUAUACUCUUGCGCUCCCAAGUGUUAUAAGUGAACUGAUUAUAUCAAAUCAGAAGGGAAUUUGCUUACCACCUCCAGUGACAAGCAUUAGCAAAGAUCUGUCUAAUAAGGGCUGUUUUAAGCUAAGUUCCUUCGUUCCUCAACAGUUCUGAGGACCCAAUAACUCCACUAUCAAGAAACAGAGUGCUAACUUAGGAAUUGAGGAGACAAAAGAAGCUACAAAGUUAAACGAAGAUAGACUUAAGGUAUUAAAAACCACCGAUGAGAUCAAGGUCUCUGGAGGAUCCCUCAAAAGACGGAACAACAAGUACAGAGAUGUCCGUGAGAUGAAGGACUAUUCUCCUACAAGAAAUGAUAUUGACGAAGAGAAGAGAUUUCUGAUGAAGCAGUACGGUCUCACUUCGAACAUGGAAGAUUUUGAUAUCUCCUAUAUCCCCUCCGAGAAGUUUGAUAAGAAGAAAAGAGUCUUCUUGUGCAGCUAUGAAGGCUGAGGAAGAAGCUUCUGAAAAACUUGGAAUCUCUUUGAUCAUCUGAGAAUUCACACUAAGGAAAAGCCAUUUAAAUGCAAGGUUUGUGGCAGAGGCUUCGCCCAGAAUGGAAAUCUAACUAAGCAUGAAAGAGUUCACUUAAAAGUGGAUAGAAGAAAGUACAAGUGAAAUAUCUGUCCUAAGGCAUAUACAGAGAAGUACAACCUCAAAAUUCAUAAGCUCAAGAUACAUGGGAUUAGAGCAGAUUAA